GUUAGAUUACACUGGGUUAUUGAUACCUUAUGCAUAUUCGUUACAAUAUAAAGCCCAAAUUCGUUAAAAUUAAUGUUUUAAAACCGGACCGAAAAGGUAAACCGGGAAUUAAGAAACAAGUAUCCUAUUCAGGGAAGACGAUCAUCAUCGGAUCAGACUACUCCCCUCUCUCUCUCCGACAAUACUUUCGUGUCUACCACCUGUUGACAAGAAUGGCUGACAAACCAAGCAGAGCACUUGUUUUGUACGGAGACGGCUCGGCUCGAUCCGUCGACCCGUCGAAUACGCACAUCCAUUCUCUCGCUUCCGUCGGUACUUGCGGCUUCUUGAGCCUUCCUCAUGCACCUCCAGCAGAAACUGAGGACGAAAGAAUAGUUCGAGAGUUUGCUCAUUUGCUUGAUGCAUCAGAAGCUUAUACUUUAGCCAGUGGAUUAAAAGCUAAUGGAAGUGAAAAUGAAGUCUCAACGUUGUCCGAAAGGUUUAUGGGAAUCAAGGCUGCUUUAGUAACGGACAGUUCUUCUCUGACUUCUUUCGGGAAGCUGAUUGGCUUAGAUGUAUUACAACUCAAUGAAAUUCACCAAAAGAGUGAUGAUUCCUUUCCGUCUGAUGCCACAGCAACUGAAUUACUGAGGCUGCUUGGGUUUGAAGAAGGAAAGUGCUUGGAUGUGAGCCUAUACGACUCCGUUUUUGUGCAUAUAGGUGGUGAUAACGUGAGAACAAUCAACUCUUUGAUUGGUAGUAUUAUGAGAAUGUCUCAGCCUGGUUCAGAGAUUGCACCUCGCUUGCAUCUCUCUCUUGUUCUCAGCUAUGGUUCCGUCACAGACAAGGAUGUUUCAGAUUUUAAUGUCAAGAAGACUCCACAAGAAGGUAUUAACCCGGCAUUUCAAGGACUAGUCCCGCGUCAGAGCUACACCAUGCGAGGUGAAAAGACACGAGAUAAUGUUCGGGACUACUGCCCUAUGUUGGUAGCUCAGUGGCAAGAUGCAGUAACACGGAAAGACUUGGUUGAUACAUUAUCUUUUGAAGCUCUGAAAAAGCUCUCUGGAAGCCUUGUUAUACCUGCUGAUCGGUUCAUCCACGAAGUUGCUUUCAAACUUUGGAAGGCCCCAAAAUAUGGAGCUUAAAAACAAAAACGGUAUUUUUAUUGUUGAAUAACAUACUCUUUCCACUUUUGGAGUUGAUUGUGGAUUGAUCUCAACUUUUACAUAAAAGGGAAAAAAUGAAAAAAAAAGGUUUAUUUUUCUUCUAAUUUCCUCAUCUUGUUAUCCAGUUUCAUACACAAGAAAACAUGGAUUUUAACCUUGUUGGUCGUUGCUAUA